AUGGCGGUCGGGCGGAAGCUGCCUGGUUGCGGCAGGUUGGUCCUGCUGUGCCUUUUGGGAGGCCUGCUGUUGGAAGCCUGGGCCGGAAAGACCCGCUACUCGGUGCCAGAAGAGACAGACAAAGGUUCCCUUGUGGGUAACAUCGCGAAAGACCUAGGGAUACAGCCCCAGGAGCUGGCGGAGCGCGGAGUCCGCAUCGUUUCCAGAGGUAAGACCCAGUUUUUUGCUCUGAACCCGCGAAGUGGCACCUUGGUCACCGCGGGAAGGAUCGACCGCGAGGAGCUCUGCGCCCAGAGCGCGCGGUGUCUGGUGAAUUUUAAUAUUCUACUAAAGGAUCAAAUGAAGCUUUUCCCUGUCGAAGUAGAGAUAAUUGAUAUUAAUGACAACACUCCCCAAUUCCAGAUAGAGGAACUGGAAGUUAAAAUGAAUGAAAUAACCACCGUAGGUACCAGGAUCCCUCUGCCAUCCGGGCAAGAUCUUGAUGUGGGGAUGAACUCGUUGCAGAGCUACCAGCUCAGCAUCAAUCCACAUUUCUCCCUAGAUGUGCAACAGGGAGCUGAUGGGCCCCAAAACCCGGAGAUGGUUCUACAGAGUCUCCUAGAUAGGGAAGAAGCAACUGCCCACCACCUCAUUCUCACUGCCUCAGAUGGAGGGGACCCAGUCCGCUCUGGCACCCUUCAAAUACGUGUUCUGGUGGUAGACGCCAACGACAAUCCUCCAUCAUUUACUCAGGCACAAUACCACAUAAGUGUUCCUGAGAACGUGCCCCUGGGCACUAGGCUGCUGGUAGUAAAUGCCACAGACCCAGACGAGGGAGCCAAUGGGAAAGUAACCUACUCAUUUCACAAUAUAGACCACAGAGUGGCCCAGGUAUUUCAGUUGGAUUCUGACACUGGCGAAAUAGUAAAUAAAGAACCACUAGAUUUUGAAGAAUAUGAAACCUAUUCGAUGGAAGUUCAAGCUCAGGAUGGCGCUGGGCUUAUGGCCAGAGCUAAGGUGCUCAUUAAAGUUCUGGAUGUGAAUGAUAAUGUCCCAGAAAUGACAGUCACUUCUGUCACCACUGCAGUCCCAGAAAACUUUCCUCCUGGGAUCAUAAUUGCUCUUAUCAAUGUGUAUGACCAGGACUCCAGAGACAAUGGGCACACUACAUGUUCCAUUCCUGGAAAUCUGCCUUUUAAAUUAGAAAAGUUAGUUGAUAAUUAUUACCGUUUAGUGACAGAAAGAACCCUGGACAGAGAACUGACCUCAGAGUACAACAUCACAGUGACAGCAGCAGACAGUGGAACUCCGGCUCUAUCUACUGAAACUCACAUUUCAAUACUCGUGACAGAUAUCAAUGACAACCCUCCGACUUUUUCUCGGGAAUCUUACUCUACCUACAUUCCAGAAAACAACCCCAGAGGUGCCUCCAUCUUUUCCCUGACUGCCCAAGACCCUGACAGCAAUGAGAAUGCACGAAUCACUUACUCAUUGGCUGAAGACACCAUCCAGGGGGCGCCCCUGUCCUCCUACUUCUCCAUUAACUCUGACACUGGAGUCCUAUACGCCCUACGCUCCUUUGACUUUGAACAGUUCCGUGACCUGCAGUUGUGGGUGACAGCAAGGGACAGUGGGGACCCAUCACUCAGCAGUAAUGUGUCACUGAACCUGUUGGUGCUGGACCAGAAUGACAAUGCACCAGAGAUCCUCUACCCAACUCUCCCCACUGACGGUUCGACUGGUGUGGAGCUGGCACCUCGCUCCGCAGAGCCUGGCUACCUGGUGACCAAGGUGGUGGCGGUGGACAGAGACUCAGGUCAAAAUGCCUGGUUGUCUUACCACCUGCUCAAGGCCAGCGAGCCAGGGCUGUUCGCGGUGGGGGUGCACACGGGCGAGGUGCGCACUGCGCGGGCCCUGCAGGACAGAGACGCGCUCAAGCAGAGUCUGGUGGUGGCUGUUCAGGACCAUGGCCAGCCCCCUCUCUCGGCCACUGUCACGCUCACCGUGGCCGUGGCCGACAGCAUCCCCGAUGUGCUCGCUGACCUGGGCAGUAUCAAGACCCCUAGCGACUCUGACGACUCAGGCCUCACGCUGUACCUGGUGGUGGCUGUGGCCGUCGUCUCCUGUGUCUUCCUCGCCUUUGUCAUUGUGUUGAUGGCGCUCAGGCUAAGGCGCUGGCACAUGUCGCGACUGCUCCAAGAUAGAAGCAGAGGAUUGGUGGACUUGCCUGCCUCUCACUUUGUUGGUGUGGACGGGGUGCGGGCCUUCCUGCAGACCUAUUCCCACGAGGUCUCCCUCACCGAGGACUCGCGCAAGAGCCACCUGAUCUUUCCGCAGCUCAACUACAUGGACACGCUCAUCAGCCACGACAGCUGUGAGAAAAAGGAUUUUCUGUCAACACCUCAGUCCUUACUUGAAGACAAAAAGGAAAUGAUCCCUCAGCAGGGGGAAAUGUCUGCCGGGGAAAGGUUGCCACGCUGCAGAAAGCUUGUGGUGCGGGCCUUGCUCUGGGCCGCCCUGUGGGAGGCCGCGGCAGCGCAGAUGCGUUACUCUGUGCCAGAAGAGGUCGACAAAGGCGCGAUCGUGGGCAACAUCGCCAAACACCUGGGGCUGGAGCCCCAGGCACUGGCAGAGCGCGGAGUCCGCAUCGUCUCCAGAGGUAAGACCCAGUUUUUCUCUCUGGAUCUCAACAGCGGUAGCUUGAUCACCGCGGACAGGAUAGACCGCGAGGAGCUCUGUGCCCAGCGCGCGCGGUGUCUGGUGAACUUUAACAUCCUGCUGGAAGACACACUGAGUAUUUACUCAGUGGAGGUGGAAGUAACGGAUGUUAACGAUAACGCCCCUCGCUUUGGAGUAGAAGAACUGGAACUAAAAAUCAGUGAAACGACGACGCCAGGAUUUCGAAUUCCUCUCAAGAGUGCUCAUGAUGCAGAUGUGGGAGAGAACGGCCUCCAGAAGUACCAGCUCAACCCAAAUGACCACUUCUCCCUGAACGUGCGAAGCGGGGCUGAUGGGGACAGGUACCCAGAGCUGGUGCUGCAGCGUGCCCUGGACCGCGAGGAAGAGGCCCUUCACCAUCUCCUGCUCCUGGCUUUCGAUGGGGGCGACCCUGUCCAAUCUGGCACCUCACAAAUCCGCGUGACAGUCCUAGAUGUGAACGACAACGCACCUGUGUUCACUGAGCCCGAGUACCGUGUGAGCGUCCCAGAGAAUAUGCCCAUUGGCACCCGGGUCCUCGCAGUUACCGCCACUGACGCAGAUGAGGGAUUCAACGCACAGGUGGCGUAUUUUCAAGAAAAGAAGCCUGGAGAAAAUGCAGAGAUAUUUGAGCUUAAAUCGACUUCUGGAGAAAUUGUGAUCAUACAAAGUCUAGAUUAUGAAGAUACUAAAUUCCAUGAAAUUGAUAUUGAAGCUCAGGAUGGUCCGGGCCUUCUGACCCGAACGAAGGUUAUUGUCACCGUCCUGGACGUGAACGACAACGCCCCCGAGUUUUACAUGACGUCCGCUACUAGCUCAGUUCCUGAAGACUCACCGCCAGGAGCCAUGAUUGCACUUUUCAAUGUGCAUGACAGGGACUCAGGGCAGAAUGCGUUCAUUGAGUGUUCCCUCCCCGAGGACCUUCCUUUCAAGUUAGAGAGAUCAGUGGACAACUACUACCGAUUGGUUACAACGAAACCGCUUGACAGGGAGCAGAUUUCCUCUUACAACAUCACUGUGACAGCUAAAGAUGGAGGGAGGCCGGCUCUGUCCACCGAAGCGCACCUGUUACUGCAGGUGGCCGACAUCAAUGACAACCCGCCCGCCUUCCCUCAGGCCUCCUAUUCUGCCUAUAUUCCUGAAAACAAUCUCAGGGGCACCUCUAUCUUUACGGUGAUGGCCUAUGACCCUGACAGCGAGGACAACGCCCACGUAACUUAUUCUUUGGCCGAGGACACCAUCCAGGGGCCUCCUGUGACCUCCUAUGUUUCCAUCAACUCCGACACAGGAGUCCUUUACGCCCUGCGUUCCUUUGACUAUGAGCAGUUCCGUGAGCUACAGCUGUGGGUGACAGCAAAGGACAGUGGGGACCCGCCACUCAGCAGCAACGUGUCACUAAACUUGUUAGUGCUGGACCAGAAUGAUAAUGCCCCCGAGAUUCUGUACCCCGCUUUUCCCACAGAUGGUUCCACCGGCGUGGAGCUGGCACCUUGCUCCGCAGAGCCUGGCUACCUGGUGACCAAGGUGGUGGCGGUGGACAGAGACUCGGGUCAGAACGCCUGGCUGUCCUACCGCCUGCUCAAGGCCAGUGAGCCAGGGCUGUUCGCGGUGGGGGUGCACACGGGCGAGGUGCGCACUGCGCGGGCCCUGCAGGACAGAGACGUACUCAAGCAGAGCCUGGUGGUGGCUGUCCAGGACCACGGCCAGCCCCCUCUCUCAGCCACCGUCACGCUCACCGUGGCCGUGGCCGACAGCAUCCCCGAUGUGCUCGCUGACCUGGGCAGCCUGGAGCCCUCUCACGACUCUGACGCCUCUGACCUCACAUUGUACCUGGUGGUGGCAGUGGCUGUGGUCUCCUGCAUCUUUCUCGCCUUUGUCAUCAUGCUGAUGACGCUCAGGGUGCAUCGCUGGCACAAGUUUCGCCUGCUUCAGACAGCCAGCAGAGGUCUGGACGGUGUGCCAGGCACGCACUUUGUGGGCGUGGAUGGGGUGCGGGCCUUCCUGCAGACCUAUUCCCACGAGGUCUCCCUCACCGCGGACUCGCACAAGAGCCACCUGAUCUUCCCGCAGCCCAACUACGCGGACACGCUCAUCAGCCAAGACAGCUGUGAGAAAAAGGAUUAUCUGUCCGGGUCUCAAUCUCUACUUGAAGGAAAAGGAGAAGCAAUUUCUCAGUCAUGA